AAAAGAUGAGACCAACAGAACUCCGGAAGAGAAAAGAAGAUUCUGGAACACUGGUUUUUCUACAGGUCAUUAUGACUUGAUUAUGACGUCAGUUUUCUUCGAAUAUUCGAUUUCGUCUCCGGUACUUUCCCUCUUUGGCGUGGACCCCUCAUUCCCUCAUCCUCCAUCCUCGCGAUGAUCCAUGAUCCUCCUCACCCGAGCUUCCCCACCCUGACAAUAAUGAUUGAAGGUCUCUGCCUCGUUUUGUGCUCUUGAUUGAUUGAUUGACUUGCUUGUGGUAAACCAAGAAUGGCCCACCCACAACGAGGUGUAACAUUCCGAAAAUGUGACUAUCUCCUGGAUGUUGUGUCGAAUGGAUCUGAGAGUCUCGAGCCGACGGUGUUUCUGUCGGUUCUCUCGGGUGGGGAUUUUUCCGAACAGCAUGCCCAAGGCAGUCUGAGUCUUUCGGGGGUGACAGUUUUGGGGCGCUAUGCCCUCCUUGGAUUGGGCGAUAUGACAGCACGACUUGUGGCAGAUCAGAAACUGUCCUGGGCUUGCACCAAAGCAGUAUUUUGUAACAACAAUCACAAGGAGUCUUCUUCUGUGUCGGCUGUUGGCACUGUCCAUGGGGGUGGUCUGUGGGGAUUGCCUGGGCUUCUCUUGGCCCUCAAUCAAGCAGGAGCACCUGAUCUGACAGUGGUCACUGGGAACGAAGAGGACGCUGGGAAAGUGGAGGAAAUGACAGAACUGCUGACCAUCCACAAGAAAUACCCUCGUCUUCGGAUUGCUUCAGUGCCACUCAAUACACAGACGCCGCGCUCUUGGUGGAAAAUGUACGAGGACGACUACAUUGUGGUGCAUGCCACUUGUCCAGUAAAAUUGGAACAUCUCAUUUACCUGGUCACAUGCCGACAGCACCAGAAAAUCGACAAUUACACAAUGGCAGUGCUCCCCUGCAUACAUGCAUGGUCUGUUUUCCUCGAUCUGUGGCAAGAACCCUCCAACAGGGUGGUCCUGGGAGAAGAUGCAAAGUGCCUUGAUAUACAUUCUAUUCUGGCGGUGGGAGAAGGAACAGCCGAGGACCUCUUUCUUUCCAACGCCCGGAAGUUGUUUCCCAAUGCUCAUGUCUGCUUUUGCAGGCCCAAUGACAGCAGAGAUCCAAGGAUUUUGCUUCGGGCCAACGAAAUGAUCAAGUCAUGGAACAAGAUCUUGCCGAACAACAUCAUUUGGCGUGAACCAAACCAAUCUUCUUGUUCUGGCUGUAGUACCGAUAGCAGAGGUUCAGCAGUAGCCUCUCUGCGAUGGAAUUUGCAACCCUUCUCCAGCAUCUUGUGUGCACAACCACCCAUCUUCUUUGAUAGGAGAAAACCAAGCCAACAGUCUAGUGGAACUACCAGCUUCGAUCCCACAGAGACAGAAGCACAAUCCACUCUAGAUUUCUUUCAAAACCUUUCCGCUGUGGAAAAUCAAAGCUCGACCAUAGAUGGGAAACCCUCGCUACCGGUAGCGGUGAAUGAUGAGAAUGAAAUCGACAUUGACGACGAGAGUGAUGAGGAAGCUGCUGCAUCGAACGAGUCCUCAGAGACGUCUGAUCGAAUUGUGGAAGUAGCCGUGCAGGGAAACGGGGACGACGCCAGGGAGAAUGGGUCAGUGGGACAACGUUUGACGGGAUCGCCGCAAAACCCAACAAGCGCGAAAGGUCAGCACUGUCCCCACUUGCUUGUACUGGGCACUGGCUGUGCAGCACCGAGUCCGCUGAGGGGUUCCUCGGGAUACGCGCUGCUCUUUCCACAGCGGUAUGAAAAGCCAGCUAGUACGCCUCCCUCAGGCAACGAUGGACCUAGUACAGACGACAAUUUGCUAUUGCUGACAUCCAUCGUGGAAUGUGGCGAAGGUGUGCUACAUAUGCUACAGAGGCAUCUACCGUCAAUAGGUGACUCUAUGAGCGACUUGGAAAAUCUUUACGGUCACCUUGGGCAUGUGAAAUUCAUUUGGAUCUCGCAUGCGCACUGGGAUCACUAUGGAGGUCUACCAGCUGUGCUUGGUGCGAUUUGCCAGGCAAGAAUGCAGCGCUAUCGACAGAAGAACCGGCCUUUGCAAGGUCAAAAGCGAAUGAAGGUUGGAUCCUCUGAACUUCCUGUGUUGGUUGUAGCGCCUGUGCAAGUAUUGAAAUACUUGGAUAGUGCUUUCCGUGGCAAUGACGAUAUUCGAUUCCACGCAAGCGUAACUGGUUUACCGUUGUAUCAUGGUUUCACACACGAGCAGAACGCGUUGUGGUGGCCUUUCUUGGCAAGCAUCAUCAUUGCUGGAGGCUCACAGAAUUCCUCCACGCCAAUCCCCUAUCGUCCAUUUGCCUUUUGGGCCAAUGUGCGUGUGGACCAUUCUUGUUUUGGUGCGUUUGGUUUCGUCACAGGUCUCCGCGUACCUUGUCACGAUCUCGGUGGAGCCUAUUGUGGCUUGCCGCCUAGUCAUGCUGAGACCGAAACCCCACUUGUAACAUUCGCUUAUAGCGGCGACACUAGGCCUUGCAAGCGCUUCGUUGACAGAUGCAGAUUUGAUUGUGCUUUCAAUCACGGGAUACUCAACUAUCUGUUGCAUGAGGCCUCCUUUGACGAUUCCGAACACUCACAAAGCGUACAGAAGAAGCACUCGUCGCUGGGAGAAGCGCUAAAAGUAGCAUCCGAUGCCUGUGCCCAGAAGACCAUCCUGACUCAUUUCUCCCAGCGCUAUACAACGUAUCCUCCCAUGGAACUCCCGGCCGAAUCCAAAGGCGUUGUCUUCGCGAUGGAUGGAAUGCUAUUUCCCUUCUCUCCUCAAUAGUUGGUCGGCUCCUCUUUGGUUCCAACUGAGGGGUAAUCGGUAGAUUGUUUGUAAGAUAAGAUACCGGUAUUUGCCAUCUGUUAUCGGAAUGGAUGCAAAUCGAUCACCCUUUUGCUCAGUAAUAACGAAGUGACCUCCUCGCCGUGUUCCUCCCACGCAUCGAGGAUGCUUUGGGUUGUGUUGCCAAACAAUUGGCCGUGUCUCAACCCAAAGACACCCGUUCUAUCUAGCUUCUGGGCUAACGGGAGCAUAUAGUUUC